AUGGGCGGGUUUCACUGCUUGAUCUGUCGGAAGAACGUGAAGGCGAGCUAUUUGUCGGUACAGCAAUCCGGCCGCCACUAUCACCAAAUUCAGACUGAGGCUGAAACACAUUCACCUGGAAAUAUUGACGUGGUGGAGCUGAUGGAUGCCGAAGACGGGGCGGAAGGCGCAGAAUUAGACAAUGACGCCGAAGAUCGGAUGCUCGGGGACACCGGAUUUGGACGGCACUCCGGAUCGGCCGGCCUUCUGCGAAGAACGGGCUACGCAUCGCGACAGAUGCGUCGUACGAUAGCAUGGGCAUAUUGUGCCAUGCUUUGUCGACUGCCGAUCCUAUGCUUGCGGACGGGCCUGAUCAUCUCCGUGAUCCAGAAGGAGCGCUAUAGGGACGGCAAAGGAAAUAGUGGCGCAACUGGAACUGCGGGCGACAAAGGACGCAAUACAACUGGCACC